UACACCCGAAAGAGAGAGAAAGAGGAGAGAGGUCCUUUUUUGAGAGAGAAAGAGGAGAGAGAUACUAUUUAGAGUGAGAGCGAUAUACCCGUUGAUGGCUUUAAAUUUCGUUAUUAAUUUUUUGAGAGAGGCAGAUAAGAGAGGUCCUCUUUUUGCUAGAGAAAUCCCGUUGAUGGCUCUAAAUUUAGUUAUCAUAAACAAAGAAAAAGAGUGAUGAGGAGAUGCGUAGAGAGAGAGGGAAAUACCUGAGAGAGGAACGUGUCCUCAUUUCCUAGAGAGAGAGAGGGAUAAAUCCCUAUCAUCUAAAGUGAGAAUUUGAGUGAGAGAUAGAAGCCUGGUUCAGAUCAGAGGCACAAGAGGAGGGGAGCCCAUAGAGUGACAUCCAAAGAACAAGUGAGAGAAAGUUUUAGAGAGAGAAAUUUCAAAAGAGCGUUUUAGAGAGAUAAAAAUGGCAGGUGGAGAAGGAGCAGAGGCGGGGUUGUCACUGGAGUAUACUCCGACUUGGGUGGUGGCAGCUGUGUGCUCCGUUUUCGUCUUCAUCUCUCUCUUCCUUGAGCGUUUCCUCCAUUUCCUCGGAAAGUUUUUGAAGCGGAAAAACCAAAAGCCGCUGUUUGAAGCUCUACAGAAAGUAAAAGAAGAGUUGAUGCUUUUGGGUUUCAUUUCCCUUCUAUUGACUGUUUUCCAAGGAUUGAUUGGCCGUAUAUGCAUUCCUGAGAGUUUCGUACGCCACAUGCUCCCGUGUGAGAAAGAGGGGGCUCCUUCUUCUUCAGAGACAAAGCACUUCCAAUCUUUCUUCUCAUCUGAUAUCACAGGAAACAAGCGACGGCUUUUAGCAGAAGCAGCAUCAACGGAGUUAGGUCAUUGUGCAAAACAGGGGAAGGUUCCACUGCUAUCUCUUGAAGCUCUACAUCACCUGCACAUUUUUAUAUUUGUGCUGGCCAUUGUCCAUGUGACCUUUUGUGUUAUCACUGUGAUAUUGGGAGGAUUAAAGAUACGCCAAUGGGAACACUGGGAGAAAUCCAUCGCACAAGAGAAGUAUGAUACGGAUGAGGUUCUAAAAACAAAAGUCACACAUGUUCAGCAUCAUUCUUUUAUAAGGGAGCAUUCUCUUGGUCUGGCAAAAGACUCAGCUCUUUUGAGUUGGCUGAUGUCUUUCAUCAAACAAUUUUAUCCUGCUGUGACGAGAUCAGAUUACAUUACUUUACGACUCGGUUUCAUUAUGACUCAUUGCAAGUCGAACCCAAAAUUUGAUUUUCACAAGUACAUGAUACGGGCACUUGAAGCGGAUUUUAAGAAAGUUGUUGGUAUAAGUUGGUACCUCUGGAUUUUUGUGGUUCUCUUCCUAUUGCUGAAUGUUGAUGGAUGGCACACAUAUUUCUGGAUUGCCUUUAUUCCCUUAUUUCUUCUACUCGCUGUUGGCACGAAGCUUGAGCAUAUUAUAACUCAGUUGGCUCAGGAAGUUGCAGAAAAACACACGGCCAUUGAAGGAGAUUUAGUAGUUCGGCCAUCGGAUGAUCAUUUCUGGUUUCAUCGUCCCCGAAUUGUCCUAUACUUGAUCCAUUUCAUCCUCUUUCAAAAUGCCUUUGAGAUUGCAUUCUUCUUCUGGAUACUGACUACUUUUGGCUGGGAUUCCUGCAUCAUGGGACAAGUGCGCUAUAUCAUUCCCCGACUUAUAAUUGGGGUGAUAAUACAAGUUGUGUGCAGUUAUAGCACACUUCCUCUCUAUGCAAUUGUUACCCAGAUGGGCACCACAUUCAAGAAGGCAAUAUUCGAUGAGCAUGUGCAACAAGGCCUGCUUGGUUGGGCUCAGAAGGUAAAGAACAGAAAAAUCAAGCCUUCCAAAGGGAACAGUAGGGAAGGCUCUGUUGCAGGGGCAGCAAGCUGCAGUCGACGGGCACAGGCUAAUGUCUCUGUGGAGGGGAUUCAGUUGUUGAAGAAGGAUGAUAAAAAACAAGAAGUAGAUACAAUCUCUCCAUCUUAAGUUUCAAAAAAUUGCUGGUAGCCCCAUGUGUUAACAUGGAAAGUCCACUGCAUAUGUAGAUCUAUAGUUCACUGGGGUCAUCACCAUGGAAUGAAAAGGUGGACGGUCAUGGUGUCAUGUCCUGCUCUGGUGGUUCCCAGCCUCCCCAUCACCAUCAAUGGCCAUGGACGUUAACGGCCCCAUUGAAAUAUGCCUUUACAUUAUAUAUUGGAGUUCCGUUCAAUAUAUUCGAGGUGUGUUCUUAUAGUCUGUUGUAGCUAUUGUGCGUCUCUUAUCUUAGUCCCUGUUCAAGUUUUUGUGAUGAUGCCAAAGAAUAGAGAGGGUUGUUUAUUGGAAAUGGGAAGUAACAUAUAGAAAAGUGUGAUGAGCUUCCCUGUUUUGAUAUGUAUACUUGAUCAUCUCAUGUAAUGAGUGUUGAGAGUGCAGGUGCAUAAUUAUAAGCCUUUCAGUUGGCUGGUGUAUACUUGAAGUCAAAGUAUUUUGGGAACCAAAUUUUAAAUUUU